GGGACAUGGGCCCAGUACCUGGAGAAGUUCAUGGCCGGCAGAGUGGCAUACGGCUCCUGGUACAACCACGUCAGGGACUAUUGGGAGCGGAGGAAGGAUCACCCCAUUCUCUACCUCUUCUACGAGGACUUGAAGGAGGACCUCCGCCGGGAGAUUGCCAAGGUGGCCCAGUUCCUGGGGCGGGAGCUGCCAGAGGCAGCGCUGGACACCAUCGCCCGACACACUUCCUUUGAGGCCAUGCGGGACAACCCUACCACCAACUACAGCAAGGUGCCAUCGCAGCUCAUGGACCACAGUGUCUCCCCCUUCAUGCGCAAAGGCACCACCGGAGACUGGAAGAACUAUUUCACCGUGGCCCAGAAUGAGCACUUUGACCAGGACUAUGUGCAGAAGAUGUCAGGCACUGACCUGUGCUUCCGCACUCAAAUCUGAGGAGACAGUGCUGGAUGCCCCACACAUCCAACCCAUGCUGAUGGCACUGCUGCUGCACCACAGGGGCUCCUUCCCCUCUCCUGGGACUGCUGGAGAGAAAUAAAACAUCCUCCCUGACGCUG